AUGUCCACUUUUGACGCCGAAAAUGCUGAUAAUUUAGAGGAUAUCGAAAAACAAUUUGCUGUUGUUGCUGUCGAACAAGCUGAAACUUAUUGGAAGUUAUUGACCAAGAUUCCUGGUUCCAAACUGAAAUUGACCAGUAUGGAUGAUGAAAUCUACACUAAUUUCAUGGAGAAGUUUCCAGAAUACAAAGACCUUGAAAGACUAAGGAAGUUCGAAGAAUCAGAAUUGAAAUCUAAGGAUGCCAAGGAAAGAUGGAGAUUGUUCUGUAACGAAUACGAGAAAUCUGUUGAGGAUUACAAUUUUGGUACUCUACUGAGAACUGAUGCUAGUCAAGAAUACGGUCAAUUUUCUACUAUUUUCGCCGUUAGAAUUCAAUUUUAUGCUUUUGAAAUCGCAAGAAAUAGACAUGGUUUGAAUGACUGGAUUGUUGGUAAAUAA